CUCCAAAGUCUGGGGUGGCAAGGGCCGCCUGGGCAGAAUGUCACGAUGGACGAGGGGGGCACACCCCUGCUCCCCGACAGCCUCGUUUACCAGAUCUUCCUGAGCUUGGGCCCAGCCGACGUGCUGGCCGCCGGGCUGGUGUGCCGCCAAUGGCAGGCCGUGUCCCGGGACGAGUUCCUAUGGAGGGAGCAGUUCUACCGCUACUACCAGGUGGCCCGCGACGUGCCCCGACACCCAGCGGCCACGUCCUGGUACGAGGAGUUCCGGCGGCUCUAUGACAGGGUGCCCUGCGUGGAGGUGCAGACGCUCACCGAGCACACGGACCAGGUCCUGCACCUCAGCUUCUCCCACUCGGGCUAUCAGUUUGCCUCCUGCUCCAAGGACUGCACCGUGAAGAUCUGGAACAACGACCUGACCAUCUCGCUGCUGCACAGCGCGGACAUGCGGCCCUACAACUGGAGCUACACCCAGUUCUCCCAGUUCAACCAGGACGACUCGCUGCUGCUGGCGUCGGGGGUGUUCCUGGGGCCCCACAACUCCUCCUCGGGGGAGAUCGCGGUCAUCAGCCUAGACAACUUCGCGCUGCUGUCCCGCGUGCGCAACAAGCCCUACGACGUGUUUGGCUGCUGGCUCACGGACACGAGCUUGAUCUCGGGGAACCUGCACCGCAUCGGCGACAUCACGUCGUGCUCGGUGCUCUGGCUCAACAACGCCUUCCAGGACGUGGAGUCGGAGAACGUGAACGUGGUGAAGCGGCUUUUCAAGAUCCAGAAUCUCAACGCCAGCACCAUCCGCACCGUCAUGGUGGCCGACUGCAGCCGUUUUGACAGCCCCGACCUCCUGCUGGACGCCGACGCCCCCGGCGCAGCCCCCAGCCGCGUCUUUGACCUGGGCGGCAGCAGCGACGACGGCGAGGACGAGGCGGCCAGCCCGGGCCCGGCCCGCACCAAGGGCUUGCGGCGCCUCCUGGAUGGCCUCCUGGAGGGCCAGGCGCAGCCCCCGCUGUCCGAGCGAGCGCUGGAGACCAAGGUGGCCGAGCUGCUGGCCCAGGGCCGCACGAAGCCCCAGCGCGGCUCGGCCUUCGUGGGCAACAAACUCCUCGUCUUCACCACCGGCUGCCUCACCUACUCGCCGCACCAGAUCGGCAUCAAGCAGAUCCUGCCGCACCAGAUGACCACGGCGGGGCCGGUGCUGGGCGAGGGCCGGGGCUCCGACGCCUUCUUCGAUGCGCUGGACCACGUCAUCGACGUGCACGGCCACAUCAUCGGCAUGGGCCUGUCCCCCGACAACAGGUACCUGUACGUGAACAGCCGUGCCUGGCCCCGCGGCUCGGUGGUGGCGGACCCCAUGCAGCCGCCUCCCAUCGCGGAGGAGAUCGACCUGCUGGUGUUCGACCUCAAGACCAUGCGGGAGGUGAAGCGGGCCCUGCGCGCCCACCGCGCCUACACGCCCAACGACGAGUGCUUCUUCAUCUUCCUGGACGUCAGCAGGGACUUCGUGGCCAGCGGGGCGGAGGAUCGGCACGGCUACAUCUGGGACCGCCACUACAACAUCUGCCUGGCCAAGCUGCGGCACCAGGACGUGGUCAACUCGGUGGUCUUCAGCCCCCAGGAGCAGGAGCUCCUGCUGACAGCCAGCGACGACGCCACCAUCAAAGCCUGGCGCUCGCCGCGCACGGUGCGCGUGCAUCAGGCCUCACGCCCACGCCCGCGCCCCCUCUUUUCCUGGUUUGCCAACCAGAGGCGCUGAAGGCGGUGGGACCCACCGAGCGCGCCGCAGAGGCCCUUCGUUUUGUGUCCGGGUUGGCGCUGCCUGGACAGCACUGGGGGACAGAGAAGCUCGCCACAGCCAUGCCUUAGGAGGGGGGUCCAGCGAGGCCACAGCGGGGGGACUGGCCUGACCCCCACCCCACACUCGCACACGCGCACCGCCUCCCACGGCUGGGACUCAGCGCUAGGCCGCCAGGGGCAUCUCCUGGCUGGCUUAGGGGGCACAGGACACUGGGGGCCCCGCCUCCUCACCCACUCGCUUCCCUGGGCCUGGGCCCUGGGACAGUCAGCAGGACAUGGUGCCCAGCCAGCCCUGGGGGGGCCCAGCCUUGCCCAGGGCACCCCAGCUCUCUCCCCUGGGAGCUGCUGGGCAGCAGGGUCACAGUGCAGGCCGGGCUGCCAUGAGCCCGGGGAAGCUGCGUGUCACUGGUCACCUGUUCAGGGUCUGAAUAAACGUUCGGCAACAGUG